UCUGUGGGCUCCCUCGAGACACGGUUGCCGUUUUAAUGGGCGUGUACGGGGCGUGGCCGCUCAGUUUUCUGUGGCAUGUCCGGACUAGAGCUACGCAUAUCAGGGCGCUCCGUUUGGGCGGCGACCUUGCUGCUCCACUUCUUGCUGCUGGCUUCAGGUGUUGAUGGUUUUGGCCUGAAUCUGAUGAUGGUUCCCAACAACGACCAGUCACAGGGAACCUGCAUCCUAGCCCUGCUCCGAAAGUACUUCGACUCCGGGGACGGUCUCUCCGGCUCGGUGCUGUGUAUCAGCCGCAACUACCAGCUGCACAAUGUUCAGGAGCGGCUGCUCAGUGGCAUGAACUUGUAUGACGGAUAUCCCUGGACCCUGCUGGUCACGAAUCCCAGGGAGGGGUCCCCAUCCUCUGAAUUCGUGAUGCACGAGAAGCCGCAGUGCUAUUUCCUGAUUGUGGAGAAUCUCGAGGACGAGGAUCUGGACGAGGUGUUUGACUACUGGAAGGGCAUGCUGAACUGGAAUCCACUCGCGCAGUUCGUGGUCUACCUGGCCGCGGUGGAGGAGACGGACGAGGAGAUGACAGACCUGAUGGUGGAGCUGCUUCUCACGUUCAUGAACAAGAAAAUCUUUAACGUGAACGUGAUUGGGCAGAGCGAGGAGAACGAGUUCUACUACGGCAAGAGCGUCUUUCCCUAUCAUCCGGACAACAAUUGCGGAAACCGAGUAAUAGCCGUGGAGCUGCUCGAUGCCUGCGACUAUCCGAGUGACAACCGAGACGAUAACGAUGGGGACGAUGACUAUGAGGAAGAAGACGAUAGUGAAAGCGAAAACGAAAACGAAGAGGAUGUUGAAAUUGAAGAAAAUGGGGGAGAAGAAGCUACCGACAUUACAGGAGAAAGUCAAGAAGGGGCUAAUGAAGAUGUAAAAGAUGAAUCUAGAGAGGAUGAAAAACAAGAAGAUAAUAGUGAAACACCAUCCCCCCAUCUUUACGGGGAGAUGGAAGAAAAUACAGCAAAUAAUGAUGAAGAGAACGAUACUCGUAAUAAAGAAAUGGAAUACGAAGGAAACGAUUCAGAUCUCUACUUAGAAUCUAAUGAUAACUUGAUUGGCAACAAAGGUCUUCUAAGAAGAAUGUAUGAGUACGCUGAUCAAUCAGCGGAGAAUAAAGCUCAGUCCAAAGAGGGUAGCAAUGAUUUUCAUUACGAUCUGUCAACAGAGGUCCAAUCUGGACAUGGAGAUCAAUUUGAUCGAUCGACGGAAGGUCCCAAGGCAGAUGAGAGUGGCAAUGAAGAUCCACCUGCUAAAUCAACUGAGAGUAAUAAUGAGGACCCAUCUGGUCAAACAACGGACAGUAACAAUCAAUCGGAAGAUCAAUCAGAGAAUUCAACUGAGAGUGAAGAGCUGCACAGGUCUCCCAAUGUCACAACCAAAUUAGAGGCUACCAUCGAAGAGUUCUUUCGAGCAAAGUUUGAGGAUAAGUUUCCACGCGACCUGAGCGGAUGUCCGCUGACGGCCGCCUUUCGGCCCUGGGAGCCCUACAUCUUCCGCAGCGGCGAGGAGCCUGUAGAGGACUACUACUACGGCACACAGGGAGACGACGACUAUAAUGAGACAACUAGCUAUGGGGAUUCAGGAGAUGAAAGCUACGCGGAUGUAGAAGCAGCGGACACCACCGGCAUCCUGGAAGCAGACGGCGGGGCGGAUGGGUCCAAGUCCCAGCUCAGUGGAAUUGAGUACCAGAUGGUGCAGACCAUUGCGGAGCGCUUAAAUGUACACAUUGAAAUGCAGGCGGAGAACAGCAACCUAUACCAUCUGUUCCAGCAGCUAAUCGACGGCGAAAUCGAGAUGAUUGUGGGUGGCAUCGAUGAGGACCCCAGCAUUAGCCAGUUUGUGUCCAGCUCCAUUCCUUACCACCAGGACGACCUCACCUGGUGCGUGGCACGGGCCAAGCGCAAGCACGGGUUCUUCAACUUCGUGGCCAACUUUAAUGCGGACACAGGCUUCCUGCUCCUGCUCUUCAUUGUCACCUGCUCCUUCAUGGUGCUGAUGGCGCAGCGCGUCACUGGCUUCCGCCUACGGAAUCUCAAUAAUUAUUUCGCCAUUUGCCUGCGGAUGCUGGGGAUUCUCUUGACCCAGGCCAUGCCCGCCCAGACGCUUUCGUUGGUUCUGAGGCAGCUCUUUGCGCUGUCCUUUCUGAUGGGCUUCUUCUUCAGCAACACCUAUCAGAGCUUCCUGAUAAGCACGCUCACCACUCCGCGCAGCUCGCAUCAGAUCCAGUCUCUGGAGGAGAUCUACAGCCAUCGCAUGACCAUCAUGGGCAGCUCAGAGAAUGUUCGCCAUCUGAACAAGGAUGGAGAGAUCUUCAAGUAUAUUCGUGAAAAGUUCCAGAUGUGCUACAAUAUCGUGGACUGCCUCAAUGAUGCUGCAAACAAUGAACAUAUCGCCGUGGCUGUCUCCCGGCAGCACUCCUUCUACAAUCCACGCAUCCAGCGGGAUCGCCUCUUCUGCUUCGACCGCCGGGAGUCCCUCUACGUCUACUUGGUCACCAUGCUGCUUCCCAAGAAGUACCAUUUACUGCACCAGAUCAAUCCGGUCAUCCAGCACAUCAUCGAGUCGGGCCACAUGCAGAAGUGGGCCCGCGAUCUGGACAGGAGGCGCAUGAUCCACGAGGAGAUCAACCGCGUACGUGAGGAUCCCUUCAAGGCACUGACUCUGGCUCAGUUCCAUGGGGCGUUCGCCUUCUCCAGUGGCCUACUGCUGAUCUCCUUCAGCGUCUUUCUCAUGGAAUGGGCAUUCGUGAAGUGUUAUUAUAGAGCUCGUCGAUGA